UCUUCGCAUCAAUUCAUCUCUCAUCAACGUGAACAAAAUGUCUAAGCCUCAGGUCUUCUUCCAGGUAACUGGCGCCAGUGGUACACCCUUCGGGCGUAUCGUGAUGGAGCUGGACAACGACGUAGUGCCAAAGACUGCCGAGAAUUUCCGUGCUCUGUGCACUGGCGAGAAAGGAUUUGGUUACAAGGGCUCGACCUUCCAUCGUGUCAUUCCUCAAUUCAUGCUUCAGGGCGGUGACUUCACCAGAGGAGACGGCACUGGUGGCAAGAGCAUCUAUGGCGAGAAGUUCGCCGAUGAGAACUUCAAAAGCAAACACACCGGCCCUGGAAUACUGAGUAUGGCUAAUGCUGGGCCAAACACCAACGGCAGCCAGUUCUUCAUCUGCACUGAGACAACUGGUUGGCUCGAUGGCAAGCACGUCGUCUUCGGUAGGGUCAUUGAAGGUAUGGACGUAGUCAAGGCUAUUGAAGGACAGGGCAGCAAGAGCGGCCAGACAAAGCAGAAGAUUGUCAUUUCCGACUGUGGUCAGUUGUAAGUCUCGACCAUGAAUAUCGGGUCGUUUUGUCCUACGACAAGUGAAGGGUGAACGUCUAGUAGUCUAGGCCUAGCAACAGCACGAAAUUAUCCAUAAAAAUUGACAAUAUGGGUCUAAGACUUCAUCGUUGUUAUAUUUGCAUCAUUUGCCACCAUUGUGUCUAUCUUAAUGUGCGAUUGAGGUCCACACUCGUGGUGAUUUCACUAUUACAUUCA